AUGAUCAACGUGUAUCCUUACUUCGCCAACGCAUCGGAUCCAGCAAAUGUCCGACUGGAUUACGCCCAGUUUACCGCAAGGAGUCCGGUCGUUCAGGACGGGAAUAUGAGCUACUACAAAUUAGAGUGGCUGACCGUCCGCCGGCAAUGGUGGCUACACGAGUCCGGCGCUUGCAUGGACAUAUACAACAAGAACUUCGUGAAUCAUAUCUCAUCCAACACUGGGACACCAAAACGUCCUGGAGGUUUUAUGGAAGGCUUCACUUUCGCCAUGUUUAACGAGAACCUGAAACCUGAUGGUGUGGAGCAGAAUUUUAGAUUGUUCUAUCCUAAUAUGCAUCCUGUUUAUUCUGUGUUGUAA